UCUAGACUGCAUUACAAACAGACGAUACCAUCACUUCAAUAGCAGCCUUUCAGACAAGAGAUUCAAAAGAGCAAUACAGGAAGUGGACUCCCUAAGGAUGGCCUCCUUGAGCUCCAGCCUCUGGAAUGAAACUACUACAUCUGUUUACCAGUACCUUGGUUUUCAAGUUCAAAAAAUUUAUCCUUUCCAUGAUAACUGGAACACUGCCUGCUUUGUCAUUCUGCUUUUAUUUAUAUUUACAGUGGUGUCUUUAGUGGUCCUGGCUUUCCUUUAUGAAGUACUUGACUGCUGCUGCUGUGUAAAAAACAAAACUGUGAAAGACUUGAAAAGUGAACCUAACCCUCUUAGAAGUAUGAUGGACAACAUAAGAAAACGUGAAAUUGAAGUGGUCUAGCAUGCUACAUAAGAUGAGCAUCUUUGAAAGCAGCCUUCAACUUCUGAGAAAUAAUUUUCUGAGGCCAACUCAAACUUUGAAUAGUUAAAAGAUUUCUACUAGAAAAGCAAAAAAAAUUAAAAAUGCAUUUUGUGUGUGUAUUCAUUAUAUGCAUUAAAAUUUCAUAAACAUGAAUAACUUAUCAACCUAUUGAAAUGAUACUUCAAAAACUGGAUAAAAGACUCCUAGAACUUAAUAUUAAGUAGCAAAUGGAAGAUAAAUUGGAAAGCAUAAAUAUAGCUAAUUAUCUAAACAAAUCAGUUAUAAAGAUUGUAGAAUCCUCCAUGUUUUGGUAAUCUAA